AUGCACAACAACGUCUACUGUGCCUUUUGUGGAGUCAUCCUGGAACGGGAUCCCAUCAAUCCAGAUACUUGGCAUGAGCGCAACCCCCGCCCAUGGUACCGCAAGGUCCGUGGAUUGACCACUACGGAUAUCCCUGAUCGCGCUACUCUCACCGGGGUCGGGUUGAUUUACAACUAUGAUGUUCUUGAAGCCCCCGCUGAUAGCAAUCUAUCUUAUGCCGAGACCGAGCUUCCGUCGUGGGGCAGUUGGGAACUAUCCGACUAUCGUGGGCAGGCCUGGGCAUUUGGUGUUCAUGACUCCUGCUGGCAGAUACUUCUCCUUCGACUCAGCCACUUGAAUAUAGAAGCAAUAGUUCCAGCGGUUUAUCGCCAGCUAUUGUGCGUCCCUUGCAUGAACGGAUCCAGCUUCGACUGGGGGCACGACUACGAUGGUGCCGCCCGAACACACAAGCUGCGCGCGGGACAACGUUUUCGCCCGCGACCGCUACCAGUGGAUGAGACUUCGCCUCUGUACGCUGAUCCCUGCAGCUCUCCAUCACUGGAUGCGUUUGAGAUCGCGGCGCCUGCUCCCUGUACCGCUUCCCAAUACUUGCAGAGUGCAAGCAGUUCAAGCUUCGGCUCCCUGCCCCCUGAGCUGAUAUAUGAGAUCUUACCGUAUCUAUCUUGUGAAGAGGUUGCGAUAUUGAGGCUCGUCAAUCGGAACCUUGCUGUAACUGCGGCCUUGGAUAGACUACCUCAGUCAUACUGGCGAUCGCGAUUCCAGCCAGGGGGCGAGGCGGACUUCAUGUUCGCAAACCUCACUGGUAGGCGCGACUGGCGUGGGCUUUUUUUCGCUGUAAGAGCCAUGCUACAAGACGGACAAAGCCUCUGCUUGGUCAACCGGAAAAGGGUCCGCAAACUUGUUGAACCCAUUGCGCUGGUUGUGGAACAGGAUUCUGCUUCUCGUCCUAGCCUAUAUGGCACUGCAGUCCACGGAGGACCAGGCGAACAAGCCCGAGUUCAACUGCCGUGCAGCCAGGGUGCCGCCCAUCCACCUCUGCUAUUAGAAACUGCUAAUAAAUUCACCGGCGAUCUCUCGUAUUCUACGACGAAAUACCCACAUUGGCGCGGAUGUCGUGUUCUUCAUCGUAGAGCACAGCCACUUCCAUAUCCCCGCCAAUACUAUCGCGGGAAGAUAGCAAUCUCCACGCGCCAGAUCGGAGCAAUGACUUUUGUAUCAGGGAUCGGCAUAUUUCCAUCCUCUGGGGGUGAGUAUGCUGCCGCUAUAGCUGGGUUUCAUGAGCCCUUCGCUGCAAAAUGGAUUGACAUGCCGCUUUCCGCGGCCAUUGACCAUAUCCAUGUUGCUUUCUCCUCGCAAGGGCUGACAGGAAUCAUGUUCACCUUUACCAAUGGCACUGUCUCCCCCUGGGUUGGUGUCAGCAAAGGUCCAGGAGUUGCGCAAGGCUCAUUGACUGCCGAUGGUGAUUCGACCCCCAGUUAUCUGGUGGCAGGUCUAGAUGUAAGUGCUCACCGAGUAACCCUCCAACGCCGUACCCAUGUCCUGACUACCCACGUUUAG